AUGCGGGAAGCGCUCAUCAACGGCUCCGGCGCCGCCUCCAACGAUGUCAGUGCUUUGGAAACGCUUGGUCCCGCAGCCAAGCUAACGGACGCCGACCCUUCUGAGAUCCCACCUGCAUCAGGCCCCAGCCGGGAGAAUGCAGUCACCAUCAGCGACAUCCUCGAGAGACGUGCCAAAGCCGGCAGACUCAUUGCACCGACCGCUUCGUACUCGGAUAGCGACAUGUUUAAGGGUCCGCAAGUAGGAAAACCCAAAUCCAAGUCUAUGAACCAUCACCUCUCCUCCGAAUCCCUUUCCCGCCACCCCUGUGCCCUCAAACAAGCCGCCCGCCACCUCAAAAACCCCGGCAUCAUCUCCCUCGGCGGCGGCCUUCCCUGCGCCGAGUACUUCCCCAUCGAGUCCAUCACCCUCAAGGUACCCACACCGCCUCACUUCUCCGAAGCCGCCACGUCCCAGUCCGGGGCCGAAGUCCGCAUCGGCAAGUACGACACCACCGACCCUUCCAUCCAGGGCACCUACGACCUGGCCAUUGCGCUCAACUACGCACAAGCCUCCGGCUCCGCCCAGCUGUUGCGGUUCGUCACUGAGCACACUGAAUUGGUCCACAACCCGCCUUACAGUGACUGGCGGACCUGCCUGACGAUAGGCAGCACGGGUGCUCUGGAGCAGACUCUUCGCAUGCUCUGUGACGGGCCGGGGCGGCGUGAUUGUCUUUUGACGGAGGAGUAUUCUUUCUCCACGGCUCUGGAGACGGCGGGGCCGUUGGGAUUGAAGGUGGUGGGUGUCAAGAUGGAUGGGCAAGGGUUGUUGCCGGAAGCGAUGGAUGAGCUUUUGUCGAACUGGAAUCCGGAAGAGAGAGAGGGCAGGAGAAAGCCGCAUGUGCUGUACACGGUGCCGAGCGGACAGAAUCCCACGGGCACCACGCAGGGGUUGGAGAGGAGGAAGCAGGUGUAUGAGGUGGCGAGGAAGCAUGAUUUGUUUGUGAUUGAGGAUGAGCCGUAUUAUUAUCUUCAGAUGCCGUUGGAGGAGUCCAAGGAGACGGGGUCGGGGACCACGGCUGCGAAAGAGGGUGAGGGCGAGGGCAAGGAGGAGGAGACAGUGGAAUCCUUCAUGUCCUCACUCAUUCCCUCCCUCUUGUCCCUGGAUGUCGACGGCCGCGUCCUGCGCAUGGAUUCCUUCUCCAAGGUGGUCGUUCCGGGGUCGCGUGUCGGGUGGGUGACGGCCUCGGAGAAUAUCAUCGAGCAGUACCUCCGGCACGCCGAGGUGUGCAACCAAGGCGCCAACGGUAUCUCGCAGGUGAUCCUGUACAAGCUGCUGGACGAGCAAUGGGGACAUGAGGGGUACUUUCAGUGGUUGAUGAAUCUGAGGCGGGAGUAUACCAAGCGGAGGGAUACCAUGGUGACGGCGGCUGAGAAGUUCUUGCCCAAGGAGGUGGUGAGCUGGACUGUGCCUGUUGCCGGCAUGUUUUACUGGCUCAAGAUCGACCACUCCCAGCACCCCGGUAUUCAGGCUGGAAAAGGCAUUUUGGAAGUUGAAGAGGAGAUCUUCAAUUCCUGCAUCGCCAGGGGCGUUCUGGUUGCUCGAGGAUCUUGGUUCCGCGCUGAACAAGAUACAGAGCCGAACGAGCUCUUCUUCCGCGCGACGUUUGCGGCAGCAACGGCCGAGAACAUGACAGAGGCAAUUAGAAGGUUUGGAGAGGCCAUCAGAGAGAGCUUCAAGUUGUGA